CCCUUGCUGUGACGCACGGCUCCUGGAAGCCUCUCUCCCCACCGCAUCUUCUAUCUUCGGUUCCUUGCUCUGCACCGCCUCCUGCUCAUCCAUAUCCCAUGGUGCCCAGCCGAGCAGCCCAUGGAGGCUUCCUCCCCACGCCCAGCCCUCUCUACUGGUGGCCGCCGCUCCAAGUCCUCUCGUCGCCUAUGGCUGCCUCCUCUGUUCGAUCCGUGGCGCUAUCGUGGGUUCGCGCCCAGCUCCUUCUCGGCCUCCAGCUCGCCAACAGCCCUCUUCCAUGGAUGGCGAUUUUCUUUCCUGCAGCAAGAAGCCAUGCCGCAGUCCUCUCUCUCAGUUUCCUCUCACGGCUAUGGACAUCGGUUGUUCCUUCCCUCCCAUGGCCGCCCCAACUCCUUCCAUGGACGCCAAUAGUAGCAGCCCCUCGCUGCCGGACAUCCUCCGGUAGUCCCGCACCAUCCGCACCCGUAUGGUGUUUGAUAAAAUGUCCAAGUGGAGUGCCGUGUCAUGGACAACCCUAUUAGCGUCAUGGGAUGUUUGGUAUUUUGCGCAGCCCAUCCACGACACCGUCGACCCUCGGUGAGGUUUCAUUCUUGCUUUGCCGUUUCAUCGAUCGACGUAUAUUUGCUAACAUAAAUUGUGUUUAUGUGCCUAUGUGUGUUGAGGAGCGAAAUCCGUGGAAUCUGAGUGAAGAAGAAACAGAGCACGUCCGUCACUUACUAGCUGCUGGGUGAAAGGAUUGAAUCGGCUAUCAUGGUCGUUUAGUGCCGAUCGAGUCAACUUUAGUCAUGGUGAGCUCUUAGGCUAUCCUCGCUAGUUAGCGUGUAUGGUGGAUUGAUUAGGAUAUGAUCGAUGAUUCUGUCUAGUGAUAGGUGUGAUGAUAUAUUGUAUGAAAUAUGCUUGGUGAAUAUAUAUGCAUUGAUAUGAUUGUGUUAAU